AUGCAUUCUGAAAAGGUUAUCCGUGAGCUCGGUGGAGUGAUUCUCUCUAGGGGGCCUAAACUCUGUAAUUUUCUGGAUUGGAGAGGGUUUAAAGUUUUUUACAAAAGAUAUGCUGGUAUUUACUUCUGCAUCUGCAUUGACCAGGAUGACAAUGAAAUAAAGGUUCUAGAAAUCAUUCAUCAUUUUGUUGAGAUACUUGAUCGAUACUUUGGCAGUGUCUGUGGGUUGGACUUGAUCUUCAAAUUCCAUAAGCAGCAGUUAUCCUCCAACUCCAGAACCACUCCAUUCUUCUCAUUCUUUAACAUUACCCCUAGUGCACGUAAACAACAAGAAAAUCAGAAAAACAAGGAACCACAACAGAUCUCAUCAGUUAUCUUAUGCUUAACUGUCUGUGGCAGUUCAGCCACUGAUUCUUCACUCCAAGAUCCACGCUUUGAUCCCUUCUCUAACUACUGA